AUGGCGCAGAGCGACGAUGACGCACCCCUGCGCGUGUUCAGCACAUCGACGAAGAUGUACCUCAUACGCCGCGAAGGAGGCGUUGGAGAGGAGGUCUUCCGCGUGCUCAAGAUCGACCGAACGGAGUACACGCGGCUGGAGUGCGACGUCGACCCGCACGCCUACACCUCGGGGCAAGUCAACGCGCUGCUGACGUCCAUCGCCUCCGGCAACAGCGCCACUGGCGGCCUGAAGCCCGUUUGCAGCGGAUACGGGCUGGUCGGCACGAUCCGCUUCCUUCAGGGCAUUUACCUGCUGUUGGUGACGAAGCAGCGGCUCAUCGGCCUGAUCAACGGCCACGCGUGCUACGGCAUCGACAAGACCAUCUGCAUUCCGAUCAACAGCUGCUGCACGUUCCCCUCGGACACCAGCGCCGACGAGCGCAGGUACCAGCGCAUGCUCACCAGCAUCAACAUCACGCGCGACUUUUUCUUCUGCGAGACGUACGCGCUCACCAGCACCCUCCAGCGCAACCUCCGCGCGCCGCCGGACCCCGGCGCGUGCCUCGAGUCGCGGUACUGCUGGAACGAGUUCCUCACGCGCGACCUCCGCGCCGCGCUCGGCGCCCCCGCCGCCGCCGCGUGGGCCGUGGCGCUCAUCCACGGCGCGCUCAAGCAGCAGACGUUCUCGUGCUACGGCCGGCAGUUCACGAUCACGCUCGUCGCGCGGCGCAGCCGCAUCUUCGCGGGGACGCGCUUCCUCAAGCGCGGCACGAACGCGCAGGGCCACGUGGCGAACUGCGUCGAGGUGGAGCAGAUCCUGGACUGCAACCGCAACAGCGAGGGGCGGCCGGGGUACGUCGCGGGCUUCGUGCAGAUCCGCGGGUCGAUCCCGCUGUUCUGGCACCACCACCAGGAGGCCGGGGCGAUGGCCGCGAAGCCGACGAUCGUGCUGCAGGCCUGCGACCCGCUGCACAACGCCACCACGCGCCACUUCGCCGACCUGCUGUUCGAGUACGGCGUGCCGUGCAUCGCGCUGAACCUCGUCAAGCAGCGCGCGCACGAGAAGAAGCCGCGCGAGUCCGUGCUGGGCGACGCGUACCGCGCCGCAGUCGAGUUCGUCAACCGCCGCCUGGACCCGGGGAAGCGCGUCACGCUGCACGAGUACGAUUUCAGCCACACCGUGCGCGAGCCCGACGGCAACUCGCGCGUCCUGGACGACCUCUACCACCUCGGCCACCGCUGGGCCGCGUCGCUCGGGAUCUUCGCUGCGUCCCGGCGCGGCCGCGACGGCGCCUGGCGCGUCCACAGCGCGCAGACCGGCGUGGUGCGGACCAACUGCAUCGACUGCAUCGACCGCACGAACAUCGCGCAGUUCGUGCUCAGCGUCGCCAACCUCGGCCACCAGCUCCACGGGGCCGGCAUCAUGCAGGACUGCCACCUGGGCCUGGAGUCGGACAUCUCGCUCGCGCUGAUCGACAUGUGGCGGUCGGUGGGCGACGCGCUCGCGCGGCAGUACGGCGGCAGUGACGCGCACGCGCACGUCAUCCUGCGGCAGCAGGGCAACAGCGAGCUCGACACGCAGCGGCAGCACCUCAUGAACGCGCUGCGGAGGCUCGUGGCCAACCAGUACUUCGACGGCGAGCGGCAGGACCUCAUGAAUCUAUUUCUGGGCAACUUCACGCCGGCGCGCGGGGGCGUGCAGAUCUGGAACCUCGGGUCGGACCACUGGCUGCACCACGGGCCGCGGCAGGGAGGCACCGCCGCGGAACACCCCCCCGCGCUCAGGGGGGACUCUCUGGCGAUCUCCGCGCCCGACGUGCAGGCGCUGCUUGCGGCGGUGAACGCUGGGGGGCAGCAGGGGUUCAGCACGCCGGGGAGGGACCUCACGCUCUUCGACGAGCUCGUCAUCGACGCCCCAGCAAAGGUCGUCUCCGGCGCCUACAGCCGCCCCGCCGCCUCCGGCCGCGGGGUCACCGCGCACCUGGCCACCGACGCCGACACCUCGACCCUCAACGCGUCCUCGCAGCUCGAGCGCACGUCCGCGAGCCUCCGCACGGGCCUCGCGACGCCUCACGGCGCCCAUGCGACCGCCGCGCUGCCCCCGCGUAGCCUCGGCCCGCGACGCACCGUCUCCCUGGGCCCCGGCAUGCUCCUAGGCCGCGCGUCCCUCGACGGCAAGCCCGCGGCGGACUCAGCGCGCCCGUCGCACAUGACCGGGCACUGGCCCGCGGGGCAGCCGCCUGAGGACGCGGGGGGCGCGACGUUUCUGUCCGGGGGCAGCACGCGCGCCUCGUCGACGGGCGAGCAUGGCACGGCCAGCUUCGACACGUCGGGCGACGGCGCGGGCAACGGACGGAGCUUCCUGCGGCGGCUGUCGUCGCGGCUGCGCGACCUGACAAACACGGGCUUCCUGCGCCUCCCGGGCAUGUCGCGCACGUCGUCGUCGGGGGAGCCGUCGUUCCUGCGAGACAUCCCCGCGGCGGGGCAGGGCGGUGCGAAGCGCUCGUCCGCGCCGCUGAGCUCCGAGGACGUGCUGCGGAAGAUGUACGACAGGAUCUACGAGGGGGUUGGUGCGGGGGGGGAGGGGUUUGAGGGAGGGGGUGUCAGGGCCGCGCCGGCGGGCGCGGCGGGAGCGCGCGGCGGUGGCCCCGCGAGGGACUUUGCGCGGUGGUGCUCGCUGGACCCGCGGCAGCUGGAGGAGAGCAUGCUGGAGGUGCGGACGCGCGCGGGGGGAGUCGCGGAUGCACACCAGGGGGUGUUUGAUGCGCCGGGGGGAGUGGCGGGCAUGCUGGGGGCGGGAGGCCGAGGGGCGUGA